AUGGCAUCAAAAACAACACCACAAACAGAGGUUCCGACCUUCUCACCCCUCGACUAUGCCAAGUUCUUCGGCGCCGGCGCGCUCGCCGCGACGCUCACCCACGGCGCUGCGACACCCAUCGACGUCGUCAAGACGCGCAUCCAGGUCGACGACGCCAUGAAGGGCCUGAACAUGGUCAGCGCCGGCCGCACCAUCGUCGCCAAGGAGGGCGCCUCGGCCCUGCUCACCGGCUUCGGCCCCACGGCGGUCGGGUACCUCGUCCAGGGCGGCGGCAAGUUCGCCGGCUACGAGUUCUUCAAGAAGCAGUUCAUCACCCUCGCCGGCGGGCCCGACAAGGCCGUCGACAAGCGCACCGCCAUCUACCUCGGCGCCAGCGCGACUGCCGAGUUCUUUGCGGAUAUCCUUCUGUGCCCGCUCGAGGCGACGCGCAUCCGUCUCGUCUCGCAGCGCGGAUUUGCGAACGGGCUGACGUCGGGAUUCAUGCGCCUCGCGCGCGAGGAGGGGUUCAAGGGGUUCUACUCGGGCUUCGUGCCGCUGCUGUUUAAGCAGGUGCCGUACGCCGUGGGCCAGUUCUCGGUGCACGAGGCGGCAGUGGAGGUGAUCUACCGCACCAUGGGGCCCGAAAGGAAGGCCAAGAUGACGCAGCUGCAGUCGACGGGCGUGGAACUGGCGUCGGGCGUGGUUGCGGGUGUCGCGGCGGCGGUGCUCUCGCACCCAGCAGACACGCUGCUGUCGGCCAUUAACAAGGGCGCGGGCGACCCGAAGCAGGGGGCCACGAGCAGGAUGUUUCAGCUCGCGAGGGAAUUCGGGCCCAAGAGGCUACUGUUAACGGGGCUGGGCCCGCGUAUUGUCAUGACGUGCGGCCUGGUCGCUGGGCAGUUUGUGAUUUACGCGCAGUGCAAGACGUUGGUUGGGGCGCCGGCUGGUAUUGAGAUUCACAAGGAGGAGUCGCUGUGA